UUGCUACUGAUGGCUUUGGGGAAAACAGUGCUUUAUGAUGGGUGUUGGUUUUUUAGGAUUGUGGUGUAGAGGGGAAAGGAAGAGUGCAGUAAAUUUGUUUGGAGGUGUAAUUGGGGUAAAUUCUCAGCAAUAAAGAAGGUAUCCGUUAUCACAGCUUAUCUGUGAUACAAUUGCUUGUCUUUUAAAAUGAUAUAAAAUAUAAACACAAAGUACGCAGGAGAAUCAUUUUGCAAGAGGGUGUAGGUAAGUGUGAAUUUGAAAACGCUUCAGUCAGUUAAAUUGUUUGCCUCCUAAACUUCCUUCCCUUGUGAACAUUGCAUGUGCUCUCACUAAUUAAAGUGGUGGUUCCUGACCAGUGGAUGUUUGAGGACUGUGUUGGUUCAAUGCCCAACAGAGAUCCCAAUCAGUUGGUCUUUUGCAGUGUGGGAGGAGCAGUCUCCCUAGCUCAUCUGGCAUCCCUUGGGAGGGCCCACAGGCAUCCUCACCUCAGGGAUCCCUCUAGGCUGAAAGAUGUUUUUCAGUAGUUUUUGAAGUGCUUCACUUGCUUUUGGCAACAUUUUACAGUAAGAUUAGCUAAUAAUGACUGGAAAGCAGCGCUGUGAAUACAGAAGGAACCAACUACAUCCCUUCUAGGAGCCGAUGCAGAUAUUAGCAGUGUCUGGCUGUGCAUGUUCUUUGCUGUAGUUCUUGUUUUGUUCUGUUUUAACCCAGCAUCUGAAGACAGUAAAUGUGCAGAAAGUUACCUUGCUUUGACCUAUCAGUGCAACAGCCAAACUGAGUGACCCUGUAGUCCCAGCCCUUCUCUCUCAGUAAGUUGCUGUACUGAUUAUCAGGGGAGCAGAUAACGGGCAGAUGGAGUCUGGCAUCCUCUCUUAGGCAGAGCUGUGCUUCAGACACUGCAGAGAAGCAGCCAGGUAGAAAGAAUGUGGAUGGAGAUGCAGAGCACCCAUUGACUUCCAGCCCCUGCCUUAUGUCCUGAGCUGUUGAUUGACUCCUAUCUUACAACAGAUGAGAAGGGAUGGAACUGCAGCAGUGCUGCAGGGCUGGAGUGUGCUGUAAGGCAUGUGCAGAAGAGUCAUUUGGAGUAGAUGAUGCUACAGGGAACUUAUGCUAGAAAUUUCAGAGUAAUUAAUUUAUUUGUUUACUUAAUGUCUCUUAGUGUAACCUUAGCAGGUUUGUUGGAGGCUCCAUAAUUGAUGACAGAUUGGACCUCAUAGCCUUCGAGGUGCCCAGAGAUUCUCAAAGGAAACUUUAAGGUGUGCAGAGUUGUGGUUUACGUUCAGAAUCUUCAUCCACACUGUUUGUAAGUCAGACUUUUUUUCUAGUCACAAAGAAGCUUACCGGCAGAGCCAGGCUUCCUCUGAGUGUGGGAACCAGCUAAUCUGCACAUCGCAGCUGAUCUGCCUCAGGUUUGUGAGUUGGUGUGACAGAUAAGCACACGGGCAGUGUUUGGGCGUGUGUGAAAUGGAGCUGAGUUUGUUUCCCUUCCCUCUUCUGCAUUAAGGUGAAGGUUGACCUUUGCAGACAUUUCACAAUUAAUUCUAAGCGUGCCCUGCAAGGUAGCCCAGAGGUGCUGAGAACAGCAUGAGGGUAAAUGGGGCAGUAUGGGAGUACUUGGUGCUGGCACUGUGCUUCAGCACAUCUCAAAACGCUCCAGUAAGCCCUGGUGAGCUGUUGUGAACUUUUGGGUGUUCACUUCUGUGAUGCUGAAUGCCAGGACAGACGUACAGACAACCUCCUUCCUUUGUAAUCUUCCUCUUCUUCCUGCAUGAUUCAGUAGAGAUGCCUCAGCUUCUUGCUCUGCAGUGAAUGGUGGUGUGAGCUUUGGAGCAUGGGCUGAAUUGGUUCAGCAGGGAAGAGCAGCUUGAUUGUAAAGAGAACUUUAUUCAGAAGCAUGAUGUGAAGUUUAUUUAUAGCAGUAGGAAACAGCAAACCGAUGCGUGUCUUCUCUUCUCGAGGGAGAUAUGGUAAUUCCUGCUAACUGUACUUCUGUUUUAUUGGGGGGGGAGAGGAUUUGAGCCUCUGUGAGUCUCUGAUUUCUGCAGGUUUAGAUUUAUGUAAGCUGGGGUUUAAACCCUUUAAGGUAAGCCUCUGGAGUUAGCCCAAAUUGAGCUCCUUGAGCAAAGCUGCUGGCAGUGCUUUGUGUUGGUGGCUCAUCUGCUGCACCAGCUGAUCACCAGUGCUGGGGGUGCAGUGCUACUCUUGACCGGAGUCUUCUGCUUGGAUAAAACCAGAUAAGUAGAUGAAUUAUAGUAGCAUUGAUCUUUGCCUCCUGCAGAAUUAAUUGUGGGAGGAAUGAGACAGAAAUGUGAUCUCAUCAACUUGUGGAAACCAUUUUAGAGACCGUGAUGGGAAGAGGGAGAUGGGUCUUCUUCACAGGUCUCAGCUUGCAGGUCUGUGUAGUUUGGUUGAUGGGUUUAACGGGAAAGAGACUUAAUUAUUUCUUUAACUUAUGUAUUUUCUAGUAUGUGAGUGGUCAGUCUGCUUCCUUCCCCUGUUGUGUGCAGAAAUCGAUCUCAGCCAGCUUGGCAAGAGCAAGUUUUGGAAAUUAUUUCUGAAAAGGAGCUGCUUCUUUAUGGUGACUAUGUAAUAGCAGAGCAGAAGGGCUCUGAAACCAACAGGACAUAAAAUGACCUCAGGUGAUUUCCAGAAAAAUGCCAAGAUCUUUUGCUGCUCUCUUCCUUUUGGGGAGGAAGCCGCAGAAAGGAAUGAGGUGACUGUAGGCAGGUCUGUUUUUGCUUUGACCUUUUCCAAGGCAAAUGCUGGGAGGCUGCACCUAUUACAGCAUACUUGCAAGAGUUCUUCAGCUUUGUGUAUGGCAACAGGGGAGUGUUGUCUACUGAAUCUGUCACAGCCAAACCAGCAAACAGCAAAACUUUUGCUCAGAUGUACUGUGUAGCAGCUGGUAGUGCUAUGUACAUUUGUUCCCAUUAGAAGCAGCAUUUCUGGAAGUUUUUCUGUUCUGUUUGGUAGUUCUUGGUAAGCCUGUGUGCUGAGCUCUGCUGCUUGGGACUUUCUGGAUAACCCAUGGCAGUAAUCUAUCAACCUGUGUGCUCUGAAACUGAGAAACACUGAAAAAAGACUUUUGUUAGAGCUUUGUUUUCCAGUAUGAAGCUGAGGUAGUGCCUUGGAGAUGUGCUGUCUGCACGGAGCAGCUGCAGAGUGGAUGGAUGCAUGUCACCAGGUGUCUGUGUGCCUGUGCCACGAUGUGUAACAACACUUGUUUUGUGCUCUCCUGCCUCUCGGAGGCGUUCGGUCUUCAUUUAUCCUCUGCUCUGCUGAGGUACAGCACCAGCUCAGCUGUUCUGAAUGCUCAGCUCUCGACUUCCUUCAGCUUUCUACAGGGCUUGCUGCGAGUGCUCUGACACUGGUGCUAAUGUGGAGACUCAUUGAUAAAACAGAGUGCUUUCUAUCCAAAGGAAAGCUGAUGAUUUUUUGCUAAGAGCCAAAAUUGGAGCCUGAAUUUCAGAGAGAGCAGGCAAUUGACUGGAGGCAGUGACAUUCAUGUGGAGUCAUCCGGGAACAUCCUGGAGGUUUUCCAUCCCUUGCUUCAGCAGUGUUUUCCAUUUUACUGAUUUCAUGCUGUCCCUGUUGCCAAACUGUUAAAUAUUAACAAUUUGCCUGGAAAGCUGAAACAUCUCAUUCAGAAGGUGAGGGAGCGGCUUGGCUGAUUGUCUUUCCUGGUGACUGUGCAGGAAAGUACCUGUCUUUUCCAUGCUUUCCUGCUGUGGCAGGAGUGGCAAGAGCUGUUAAGCCUUGUGUUGUUCCAGCCAUGCCAGACAGAGGACUGAAACCCAAGAGAGAACAUGAAGAGUUUGCUGCACGCUUUGGUAAGAGGUUCUUGAUUAAAUCUGUGGUCUCUGGGCAGCCAAGAUAGAUUGGGUGCUUAUGUGAGAGCUGUCUUCAUACGUGAAUACAGAUUAUCCUCUCAUCUUUGUUUAGAUACCAGAAUGCAGUCUGUGAUCAUUCAGCAGUGCAAAGAGCUCGCUGUACCCUGGGGUUAUGGGCUCUGUGUCUCAGCAGGCUGCCAGUGCUGGGCUUUGUGUGCUGUCCAGGGGGACAGGGGAAAAGAGUGGUGGAAAUGCCAUCUCUGACUUGGGGCCAUUCCUCUGUGUGAUCUGACACUGAGUGCUGUCUGACCCUGCAGCAGAAUCCCAGCCUGGUCUUGAGCUGCAUUUAAGCAGUUUCCCUUCAGAAUUUUCCAGCAACGCACAGGAUACUGAAAGUGGAUUGAAAAGGUCUAAAGAGCAAAUGCCUGAUAAUUCUGUCAAGAUGUUUGUGCUGUAAAUGCUUCCUGUUGUCAAUACUGAUUUGAGAAUUAUUCUUGUGCCCUGGGGUUUGAGGAACCCAGGGGUGCACGAAAUGGGAAGGCUGACGUUCCUUCCUUCAGCACUAGAAUUUGGUUCCUCAUCUUCUCUGUUUUGUUCCAGAGCCCCUCAGGCCUGCCUUCAGAAUGUAAAGACUUUGCUGGGCUGAGGAUGCCAUGAGUGGGAGUUGCCACACAUCCUAAUUGCUCUGGGAAUUUCUUUUUAGUUCAGUCACUCCCUGCUGCCACUCGGAUCUAGCAAGAAGCAAUUUGUGUGUAUCACAGCAGCCUUGAAUGCCUUCUGCAUAUUGGAAAAGAUGCUUCAUUUGCAUGGUCAGAGCAGCCUAAUGUGAACUUGAACUUCUUUCCCCCUCAGUAUUUUUGUUUUUUUUUUUUUGGCUUGCCAUUGGGUGAUUCAUCCUUGCCGGUCUGUUGGCAUUCUUUUUAUAAACAAGUGGCUUAAAUUAAGGUUUAGAAAAUAGUUGUGUGAGACCAUAUUGGAGUCUGAUAGCAUUUCUUGAUCCUGGGAACUGCUGUCUUAAGCCAAAGUCUUGCACAGACACCCUGUGUGUCAUCUUAAAGAAACAUGUCCCCUGAAGGCAUGUACAGCCUUAGAAGUCAAGGUCCUGAUGAGAAGGACUUUGGUUUCCAUGGCUUCCCACCCUCUCUGUUAUUUAUUCCUCUAACCUCAAAGCCAGAAGUCCUGAGGUGCUGGGGGAGCCUGAAACCUGUAUACAGUAAUCCUGUUGCAAAGGCCUUUUAGUGCUUGGUUAUUCCUGUGCUAGCUUUUGUCACUGCUAGGAAGAGCUGUUAACUGUCCCAACAAAGCACCCAAUGCAGAAGGUUUUAAUUUAUACUCUGGUAUGAUGUCCCCAGGCUGGUGUGCAUGCUAAGCUGCAGUCUGUGCCCUGGGCCUUAUCUUAAAAGUAGAAGAACAUCUGUUUCCCUUUGCUUGAUUCAGCUUGUUUCUUAUGUCUAUCCAGCAUAGCAUUUCCCUGCACACAGAACCUCCUCUGCUGGCUGCAUGUGUCAUAGAGUUGCACUGAGAAACGGAGCUCUGUGCAGAGGGGCUGAGCAGCUCCUGGUGAGCAUUGGAAGGCAGUUCUGAGUUGAGCUCUGCUGAAACUCCUUCCUUUCCCCCUGCAGCAAAACAGCUCGACGUGCACGUGGCUGCAGAGGAAGCUCAGGUACCCUCUGGGAUCUGCUCUGUGCCUGGGCUGGAGGAAGGGAGGAAGGCUGGAGGGAGCAGUGGUGGCACAGCCAUUCACAGCGGUGCUGUAGGGAUGCAUUCGUGCUGUUUGGUCUCUGUUCAGUGUAAUAGUGCUCCUAAACCAGCCCUCUCCUUGCCAUCAGCCCUUGCAGUUCCCCAUCAGUCUUGUUAAAAAGGGGGAAUUAACCUACUCUUAAAAAAGGUAUUAAUUUUUAGAAGCACUUCAGUGCACAGAGCUGUAGUGAUUUAAGAGAAAUCAAUGUAGCAGUUAUUAAAUUACAUGAAGGAUUUGAUUCUGACUGGUAGGAAGAGUUUCCUGGAAUCAGAAACAACCUGGAAGUUCCUAUUGCUGUCCUGUACUAAUGUCUAUAGGGAAUACAGAUAGCAAAAUCAAUUAAAGACAAUUAAUGGCUCUGAGGCACUUGGAACAUGCUGCUUUACAAGCCCACAUCUUUAUUUUUGCACUGCAGGGACAAGUUUUUGGCCUGACUUAAUGACACUAUACAAACCCUUUGGUGAGGUGCUGGACAUCCAAGGCUUCAUGGAGCAAAGUGUGAUUGCAGCAGCACAUCCCACCUGGCUGCAGUCAGUGCAGAUCUCCUGCUUUGAGGCCACAUUCCCCAAGCACUGUUUGUGUGUGUGCCCACCAUUGCUGGCUCAGGUGCUUCCUCCCCUCCAGCCUUGUUGGUUUUCAUCUGUUUUGUUGGCUUCAAAUGCUGUGUCCCCUCCUAGAUAGGAGAGGAAGCAUGGAAGCAACAGGACUGCCUUCUGAAGGUCUUGCAAGAGCUCUUCUCUGCUUCCUCCCCUUCAUAAAGCUAACAAAAAUGGGAAAAGCACUGGUCUGAAAUGUGGAUUGAUCUUCAAAAAAAAAAAAAAAAAAAGCUGGUAAUAUAAUUUAAUAGCAAACUACUGGGAGUUGUAUUCAAAUAGAUGCUUUAAUUCAUAGCAGAGUUGGUCUGAGUCAGUGUGAUGGAGUUUCCCUGCCUGCAGUUCUGCUGGUGGUGACAGCAGUGCUGUGCUUCCAUCCCAGGGGCUGUCAAACACCCCUCACUUCUGCUGGUUGUCCCAAGCAUUGGUGCUCCAACCACAGCCAUCACUGUGAGUCUGGAGGAGCACUCUUUUCUUUCCCCAUCUCACAUGGUUAUUGUGAAUCCCUGAAUCACUGCAACUCACUCCCUGUGUGUGGUGCCUUCCAGUUGCACAAAAUGUACCCUGACUCUUUGCCUGAGGGUGAUGAGCUGUCAGGUCUUUUCCUGCACAGCUGUAUUGUCCUGUAUCCAUUUGUGCUUCUGCCUUCUGCAAAGCUCAGAAAGCAUGUGCUGGAAACCAUCAGCACAAUCAGGAUGCUGUCCUGUAGGUCAGUGAUUCAAAGGUUGUGGAUGAGGAUUACCUGUGAAGAUCACCUGCCAGAGCAGCUAAUGAGGUUUUACAUUUCAGGUUUUGGUGGAAGAUAAGUCAAAUUACUGCUGUGAACACUGGAAUUCCUCUGCUUUCCUAUCCCCAUUUGUCAGCACUCAGUUCAUGAAUUAAUUGCGGGCAUCAGAAAUGCUGUGGCAAACCUUCUCCCUUAGGAUGGGAUCUUAAAAUACCAGGUGGUGGUUUUUCAGUUGGUUACCUUAUCUUCUGUGAUUAUAGCACUGUGGUAUUGCAAAAUCAAUUCAGCAUUCCUGGUAUAUAAGGCAAUGUCAUCUUUCCUUUUGGUGUUCCAGCUUUCUUGCCUGUAUUUUGCCCCGUUUGUCAGCUAAGAGAAAAGGAAGAGGAAAUAAACCACCUGCUUUUUAAAGGCUGCAUAAAUAGCCAGACCUUGGUAGUCUUAGGUAAGAGCUGCUGGUUUAAUCAGUUGCCAGCAGGCUGGUCUCCAGCGAGUCACUAAUUAAGACAUUUCAGAAAUGCAUUUGGUCUCUUUACUUCAAAUGUAUCAUUAAAGCACCUAUCCCAACUCCAGGGCUGCUAUCAGCUAAUUAAAAACAAUCAAAUUCAGAUGAAAGCAGCUGUGGAAACUUGCUGCCUUUCUCCACCCUGAGCCAACUGCCCACAGAAACCAAAGGCUUCACUUUCACUGCAGCUCCUGCAGUGUGCACCCUGAUGGCAGUGCUCUCAGCCCUGCUGCAGCACCAGGAGCGUGGGCUCCCCAUGUGUCCAGUGGUUGCUUUUCUUUCUCUUUCUGCUUAAUACAAACCUGGAGCAGGUAUUUUGCCACUGGGCCGUGUAUCCAGAUGCCACACACACAAGGCAAGGUUGCAUCCCGUGGGUGGUUUUGCAACCCUGGGUGCAGUGUGUCUUGCUGCUGUGGGCUGCUCUGGGGGCAGCACUUCCUCUUCUGAUGGCACAAAGCACAGUCAGCCCCCAGCAUGCUUCCCUGGGGCUCAGCUGUGCAUCCCUGUGCUGUCAGUUCAGAAGCUGUUCCCAUCUCUUGCAGUUCUACCAGAGGCUUCUUUACCCUGCCUGCUCCAAGUCUGUGGUAUAGAGAAAUGCCUCCCAUGUGGGAUUUCCCAGCAACUCUGGGCACGAGGCCCCAGCACCCCAUGUCACAGCUCACACAGGGCAGCCCAGGAGGCUGGAGCUGGGCAGGCUGGGGCCACCUGUGCCAAAGCCAGGCAGAAAAGUUCUGCUUUUUUUUUUAGUUUGUUCUUUAUUUCUUUUUGCAGGGGAGUACUCUGUCCAAUUCACUCCUUUGCCCUCUGCCUGCACUGGGACAGCCUCCCCUUAAACUCACAAUGGCUGAGUCCCUUUCAGAUGCCCCUUCCUAUGUCUUCUUAACUUCCUCACCAGAAACGUUGCUUUAUUCUGUUAUAAAAAAUACAGUUAAUAGGGGAAACCUUUAGAAAAAAAAAGAAAAAGAAGCCCAGUGUUCCUGGAUGCAGAAAAAGAACAAUGAGUUAGAACAGAAAGGCUGCUCCUUUUUAUGUUUAAUCCCAAUGUGUGGGGUGGGGCAAAUCUUGGAGACAAAAGAAAGCAUGCGGCUCUUAAAAAGUAAGAAGAAAAAAGAGUCCUGUUGGUUACCUUUUGGCUCUGCUUACAUCACCUGAGCCCCCCAGCACUUGGGGGGGGGGUGGGCAUGAGCCCCAGCCCUGGGCUGGGUCCCCGCAGCCGUGCGGCGCAGCUUUGUUUACAGCCUAUCUGUGGUUGAAUUACACCACAUACAGUAAUUCUCCUCGCACUGCCAGUAAUUUCACUGACUUACCAAGCAGGCAUCAUUUCCUGAAAGUCAGCCCUCGUACUUAGAGGAAGUAAGAGCACUCUCCUUCAUGACUAAACACUAUAUGCAAAUCUCGCCGGGCUCAGGACAGGCACGCUGCAUGGCUGUCCUUUUUUCCUCCAUUUUCACUCCUUUCUUCUGCAUGUCCAAAAAAAGCCUUGCUGAGAUCUCUUGCUGCUGUUGCUGUCAUGAAUGAAGAUCUUUCUCCGGUAUAUAUUGAGAAGUUUACCUUCCUGCCUGGUCUGCAUCUUGCUCUGCUCUCAGCAAACUGAAUGCUGCUUUAAAAUGUCCCAAAUGCAGUUCUGGCUGAAGUUCCCGUCUCUCUUCAAGGACUCUUCAUACCUCGAUGAGCUCUCCAACAAUAACUCUCUCUUCUCAUCUCCUGCGGAUUCCCUCUCUGACAUCGUGGAUGCAAAGGACUGCUUGCCUGCUGACAGCCUGAACCACGUGCCAACCAUAUGGGAUGUAAACACGUCACAGCAGAACCAAACAGAGCUCUUCUCAGCCAGCAGAUCAUUCAGUGGCUUAAACAGUUCAGACGACCGCAUUCCUGCUGUCCCCAACACCCCACUCCUCAUAAGCUACCAGUCUCAAGUUCCUGCAGAAGAGGAGGAUGAAGGUGAUGAGGAAGAAACAGAAGAGUUGGGGCAAACGGAAACCUAUGCAGAAUAUGUACCUUCAAAGUCCAAGAUUGGGAAGCACCACCCUGACCUUGUGGUUGAAACGAGCACUCUGUCCAGCGUUCCCCCACCCAACAUCACCUACAGCCUUUCUCUGCCAAGCUCCGUUGCUGACAAAGGGUCACUCUCUGCACUACAGCUGGAAGCAAUCAUUUAUGCCUGCCAGCAACAUGAAGUUUUAUUACCCAAUGGGCAGCGAGCUGGCUUCCUCAUUGGGGACGGUGCCGGAGUUGGAAAGGGCAGGACAGUUGCAGGCAUCAUCUUUGAAAAUUAUCUUAAAGGGAGAAAAAAAGCUCUUUGGUUCAGCGUCUCCAAUGAUCUCAAGUAUGAUGCUGAGAGAGACCUGAAGGACAUUGAAGCCUCCCACAUUCCUGUGCAUGCUUUGAAUAAGAUUAGAUAUGGAGACACAGCUACCUCAGAAGGAGUCCUCUUUGCCACUUACUCUGCUCUGAUUGGUGAAAGCCAGGCAGGCGGGCAGCAUAGGACGCGCUUAAAACAAAUUUUGGAUUGGUGCAGGGAAAAUUUUGAUGGAGUUAUUGUAUUUGAUGAAUGCCACAAAGCCAAAAAUGCCAGCUCUACUAAAAUGGGCAAAGCAGUGUUGGACCUUCAGAACAAACUGCCUCAAGCGAGGGUUGUUUACGCCAGUGCCACAGGUGCCUCUGAGCCAAAAAACAUGAUCUAUAUGAGCCGCCUGGGAAUUUGGGGGGAGGGCACCCCAUUCCACGCAUUUGAUGAGUUCCUGCAUGCAAUUGAAAAGAGGGGAGUUGGUGCAAUGGAGAUCGUGGCAAUGGACAUGAAGGUCAGCGGAAUGUACAUUGCCAGGCAGCUCAGUUUCACUGGAGUGACCUUCAGGAUUGAGGAGAUCCCACUGGAUCAGCAGUACAAGAUUGUCUAUGACAAAGCAGCAAAGUUGUGGGCAGAGGCCUUGAUGGUGUUCCAGCAGGCAGCUGAUCUGAUCGGCUUGGAGUCUCGGAAAUCCCUGUGGGGUCAGUUCUGGUCAGCUCACCAACGCUUCUUCAAGUAUCUCUGCAUUGCUGCUAAAGUCCGACGCCUCGUUGAGCUUGCCAAGGAGGAGCUGGCAAAGGACAAGUGCAUCGUCAUCGGCCUGCAGUCCACAGGGGAGGCUCGCACCCGAGAAGUCCUGGAUGAGAACGAUGGGCAUCUCAAUUGUUUUGUUUCUGCUGCAGAAGGCGUCUUUCUAUCACUAAUUCAGAAGCACUUUCCUUCAACCAAAAGAAAGAGAGAAAAAGGAACUGGCAUUAAAAGAAAACGCAAGCAUAGGAACCGCUGCACCAAGGCUCUGAAGGGCAUGUGUGACCCCGUGGGGGUGAUCAAGAUCAGUGAUGACAGCAGCACCGACUCUGACAUGGGGCUCGACAGUGACUUCAACUCCUCCCCAGAGUCUGUGCUUGAGACUGAUGAUGUCAUCUUCAUUGAGCACGCCUUUAAUGGCUUUGUGACCGAGAGCAGAAGUAAUUUUCACAUGCUGCCUUCCCAUAAAGAGACGCAUGGCCUGAGAGAACUGGAGCAUGUGGAAAAGAUGAAGCAGGACUUACUAGCAAAAGUAAAAGCACUGGGCAAAGAGCUACCUCUCAAUACCUUGGAUGAACUGAUCAAUCACUUUGGGGGACCGGAGCAUGUGGCUGAGAUGACUGGGCGAAAGGGCCGGGUGGUUUGCAGGCCAGAUGGCUCUGUCAUGUUUGAGUCUCGUGCAGAGCAAGGCCUCUCUAUUGACCACGUCAACCUGAAGGAGAAGGAGCGUUUUAUGAAUGGGGAGAAGCUUGUAGCAAUAAUCUCUGAGGCCUCCAGCUCAGGAAUCUCUCUCCAAGCAGACAGACGGGUGAAAAACCAGAAGCGCCGGGUCCACAUGACACUGGAGCUGCCCUGGAGUGCAGACCGUGCCAUUCAGCAGUUCGGUCGAACGCACCGAUCAAACCAAGUUUCUGCUCCAGAGUAUGUCUUCCUUAUUUCUGAACUGGCUGGAGAGAGGAGGUUUGCCUCCAUUGUGGCAAAACGUCUGGAGAGCCUAGGUGCCUUAACUCACGGAGACCGAAGGGCCACUGAAUCCCGAGACCUCAGCAAGUACAACUUUGAGAAUAAGUAUGGGGCUAAAGCACUAGACAGAGUUCUCUCCACUAUCCUCAACUACACGGAGAACAGAGUUCCUGUGCCCAAGAGCUAUGAAAGAGGAGAGGCUGCAUUCUUCCAGGAAAUGAAGCAAGGUCUUAUCUCUGUUGGGAUCUGCUGCAAUCAGUUGAAGUAUGGCACUGUCUCAGUAGAGAAAGACUGCUCCAUCACCAAGUUCCUCAACCGGAUCCUGGGCCUGGAGGUGGACAAGCAGAACAUGCUGUUCCAGUAUUUCUCUGAUACCUUUGACUAUCUGAUUGAAAAGGACAAGAAGGAGGGCAAAUAUGACAUGGGCAUCCUAGAUUUAGCUCCAGGAAUUGAUGAGAUCUACGAGGAAAGCAAGGAGGUCUUUCUGACCCCUGGGCACCCGCAGGAUGGGCAGGUUGUGUUUUAUAAGAUCAGUGUUGACAGAGGACUGAAGUGGGAGGAAGCUUAUGAGAAGUCACUGAAACUGACAGGAUCUUAUGAUGGGUUCUACCUCUCCUACAAGACACGAGGCAACAAAUACACCUGUCUGCUGGCGGAGCAGGGCCGUGGCAAGAACUUCAUCCUCUACAAGCCAAAUAUUGGGAAGCAGAGCCAGCCUGAGAGCUUGGACAGUCUGCACAAGAAGUACCGGCAGGUGACACCUGAUGAAGCCAAGGAACACUGGGAGAGCUGUUAUCACUUCUCUUUGAAAAAGUGCAACCAUGCUGUCUGGAACAGGAGCUGCAAACUGAUCCAGGAGGGGAAGGAGUGUUUCCAGGGCAUGCGCCUGCGUCACUACUACAUGCUCUGUGGAGCCCUGCUGAGGGUGUGGAGCAGGAUUGCCAGCAUCAUGGCAGACAUCACUAACACCAGCUACCUGCAGAUCGUCCGCCUCAAGACCAAGGAAAAGAAGAAACAAGUUGGGAUAAAGAUCCCCGAGAGCUGUGUUCGUAAGGUGCUGGAGGAGCUGAAGCAGAUGGAUGAGAACGUGAAGCGGAAGCACAACCGACUCCUCCAGGCACAAGAGCAGAGCCUGCAGUUCUCCCUCCCCCUGCACGUGCUGCAGCAGCCCCUGGACCUCACACAGACAGCGCCUGGGCUCUCCCUACCCCAGCACUCCCUGCGCCAGGACGAGAUCCUGGACCUGACCUACAGCCCUCCCAGCGACAGCAUUCCUGACAUGAUGAACCCAGAGCCCAGCGCUCUGUGCUUCCCCCCGGAGCCUGUGCUCCAGCCCCACCAGCAGCACGGAUCUCCCUUUGGCUUCAGCCACCUUUCUGCCUUCAAGAGCCCAGACACCAUCCUGGAGGGGAGCGUGCCUCUGAGCUCUUCGCUGCAAGAACAUCAGCCCCUGCCUCACCCUGAGCCCUCACAGACUCUGCAGCAGCAGGAAGAUUUUGUCCAACAGGAUGGAAAUAUCAAUUUCAGAGAGAUCCUGGAGGACAUGCUGAGGACGUUCAAUGGGGGCCCUCAAGAGAACAUACUCCCCCAGGAGCGCCAGAGUGUGAUCCAGUUCAGUGGGCUUUUCCCAAACUUCUGAGAGCCUCUGGGUGCACCUGGUGAUGCUCAGCCACUGCAAAUCCAUAUCCUUUGGUGCAGAGAUGAGGGCAAGGGAGCCCUGGCUUUUCUACUGGUUUGGACUGAUCCAUUUCUUUUUUUGAGGGAAGAAAAAAAAAUUAUAGUUCCUUAAAGCAAAGUUUAUUUAUAUAUAAUAUACAGUCAGGCAUGUAUAGAUUUGUAUAUAACGUGCUUGGGGGUAGUUGAGUGCUGCCAAGUUCAGCUGAUCUGGACUGAUGGUCUCUGCUGUGUUCAAGUCCUGCUCACGGGUCAGUGCUGUGUGAGACCAAGGAGAGACACCCAUCCCCUGCAGACUACUGAGUUUCCAAGCCAGGUUGUGCCUCUCCCAGCCCAGAGCACUGCAGCUGCAGCCCCUGAAGCUGCCCCAGCUUUGCAGCAGUUGCAGGAACUGACUGCACCAGCACCUAGUUAGCCAGGAUCGUGACAGAGCUGCUGAGUUUGUCACAGCUCAGCCAUGCUGGGACCACGCAGGGAUUGCCUGAAGCGUGGGGGCCACGAGUCCCAUUGACCUCUCCUGAGCCUUGCAGGGCUGCUGCAGCUGGCCAUGCUUUUCCCAAAUUUUGCUGUCGUGUGCUUUUUGUCCUGGCCUUCUCCCCAGCCCUGUGCUGCAAGGCUUCUUGGCUGGGACAGGGAUGGCCUGGCUGUGUCACCCAGCACUGCUCUCAGCCCCACAGAGAGGUCCCUGGCAAGCACAGGGAUGUGCAGUAUUGCUGCUCAUGCUGCAAAUCCAACCUCUGAUACCAAAGAGCAAACGUCUGCUUUGCACUGCACUCCCCCAGAUCCCCACCUGCCCCAGCAGCAAGGUGAGCAGCUGCCCCCCAGCACAGAGGGCACUGCUGCCAGCCCUGCUCCACACCUCGCACCUCGGCAGGUCCCGGGGACUUAGCUUUUGUUCUCUCUGCUUAACCUGAGGAGCGUGGCAGGGAACUGGCGGCGGUGCCCUGGGGCAGCUGCUCUGCAUCCUCCCCUCUGCUUCUGUUCUCUGCCUUCAGUCACCUGGGUGUCCCUGAAAGCAGCACCGGGAUGCUUUCAGGGGAAGGAUGUGAGCUCCUCCCCAGCUGGCCCAGCUCUCAGCGAGGACCUGGAGGGGGGUUCCCCCCUGCCCAGAAGGUCAGUCUUGAGGGGCUGCAGCUUUUCAUGAGCCCCUGAGCCCCUCCAGGCACAGAAGCCCCAGCUUUGGGAAGCGCCACGGGUCGCUGCCACCCCAGAGACUGAGGGCUGCCUGCCCUGGUGUGCUGAGAGCAGGGGCAGCCCAUGGGCUCCCUGCUCCCUACCAGCCUCACUGUUUGCCCGUGUCCAAGGAACCCUCCUUACCUCACAGCCCACACCAAAGAUGGGAGCUCCUGCGUGCCCCCAAGCUCCCAGCAGAGCAGGGCUCUCCUCUUUCCCUCCUAUUUAAAGUAUUUCUCGACUCACAACACUCACAUUCACUCACUUGGCACUUGCUGAAUUCUCAGCAACGAGGGAAAAGGAUACCAAGAAAACCCAUUUCAGAGAGACUCAAACUCAGGAAUCACAACGAGGUAUUCCCACCUGGGUGCCCUUUGCCCACCACUGUGCCACGUUACCAGAGUCCCACGUGGCAGCUUUGACACAUGAUGUUAAAAUAUAUGCAAUUAUCCUUCCCCCAUCUCUGGAAGACAGAGAGCACCUUCAAGGAAAACCCUUCCCUGCCCUGAUCCUGUGUUUUUGUCAGGGUUAAUAAUAUGUAACUAUAUCUUUUAACUAAAUUAUUAUGCAGUUGUCCUA